UUAGUUCGAGUUUGCCCUUAAAAUUCCCCGUUUUGAAAGUUAUUCAGAAAUUUCAUAAAAGAUUGCCGCCAGCCACCGGAGACGGACCGUAGUUGCAAAAACGCAGAGGCUAGUAGAAAGUGCAUCUUUCAACCAACGUCGCUACACUUAAAACAAUACCUGUGAGGACAGCCGAUCGCCAUGAGCCAGUAUCACAAUUUCGACAUUAAAUUAAAACUACGAGACCCGGAUAACGUGGUAUUGACUCCAGCCCUCUUUCGCAACUGCCUUCUCGAUGCUAUGGAAAGCUUCUUUUGUGAGGAUAAACCAGUCCUCGAGAUUGUAAAAUUUUGUGCCCUCCAACAACGUAUUAUUUUCCGGGUCCCGGAGGAAUUUUAUGAAAUGACGCGAAUUUCCAUUCCACUAAUAGGUCAUUAUCAGCAAAAUCCCUGUCAUUUUGAAGUCCUUGAAACGUCCAAGACAAUGCUAGACUUUGAAAAAGUUGGUGAAAAUGAUAUAACCAGCUGCUUUUAGAAUGUAAAUACAUGCGUUUUAAUUUCAA